UGUGUCACAAAGAGUCGACGGACCAUCGCUCAGCUACUAUCUUCCGCUUUGCUUUCCCUGCUCCACGCGAUAUUGCCACGAGAGUCACAUCCACACGCCCACUCCACCAGCCAGGCACUGAUGCUGAGCACUCCUCCAGAAUCAUCAACCACAAUGGACUUGAGAGAAUACUGGGUGAGGGUGACCGUGACGGCGGCGGUGCUGGUGGCAGUGGGUGCAGAGGCUCCACGUAUUUUACACAUCAGCCUGCACAUCAACCAAACACGAGUGACGGAUGCAAAUACAGUGGUAAAGGAAACUAUGACGGCUAUAACCAUGGCAGAAGAGGAAGCCAUCAAUCUGUUCGUCAAUCACACGCAAGUGACGGACAUAAGCAUAUCAGAGGGAAAAUCCAUAUCCAUUAUUUUCAUCGCUGACCCACCGCCUCCUCACACAAAUACAUAUUUUCUCAUAGAAGAGCACAGCCCAGAUGGAUUACACCAUGUGAUGGUGGUGCCUGCAGUGGUCAUAGCAAAGGCCAGCAAGAACUUCACCACAGAACCUAAAGUAAUGGGCAAGUUCAAUCUCGUUGGAACUCUUCUGGGCUUCACCAAUAUCACCAUCAGCCUGCUAUCAGGCAAAGGAGGAACUUUACUUACAAGCAGGCCUUACACCAUCAAGGUGCAGCGGAUCCACAGCUUCAUAGAGAAAAUCUUCUCUCGAUGCCUGCUAGCCAUCACCACCAUUGUCUACGUGAACAUGGGCUGCACUCUCGACACUGCUGGUGUUAUUAAUACCCUGAGGAAACCCCUUACACCUGCAAUUGGAUUAUUCUUACAACACUUGGUUAUGCCAAUGGUAUCUUAUGGGAUUGGCUAUGUUUUAUUCCGAGAAGAACCUGCAUUGUGGUUUGGAAUGUUAAUUGUGGGAAGCUGCCCAGGUGGUGGAGGCUCCAAUACCUGGACACACCUAAUGAAUGGUGCACUGCAUCUCUCAGUCACCAUGACAUUCAUCUCAAUGGUGGCUGCUUUUAUUGCUCUGCCACUUUGGUUUUACUUGCUGGGUGACACCAUCUUUCAAUAUGGCAUUAAACUUUUGCCCUACGGAGAGAUGGCUGGUCUGAUGUUUGGAAUUGUACUGCCCUGUGCUGUAGGCAUCUCCAUCAGUCAUCUUCUACCUCGCAUUGCCAACCUUCUCAGAUCUCUCCUCACACCAGCUGUGGUCUUCUUUGUACUAUUUGCAACAACACUUAGUGUUGUCACUAACCUUUACAUAUUUGAACUCUUUACAUGGAAGGUGGCAGUGGCAGGAAUGGCAUUGCCCUGGGCUGGUUUUGGGUUUGGUGCAGCAGCAGGUCUGGUGUGCAGGCGCCCAUGGCAAGAGGUGAUGACCAUAGCUAUAGAGAGUGGCAUUCAGAAUACUGGUCUGGCCAUCUCUAUAAUCAAGGUGGUAUUGGAGGGCUGGUCACCGGUGGGGGAUGAUAGUGGUGAUAGCUGUGGCAGUCUCAAUCUUAACACUGCCUCCCCUCCUUGUGGCCCUGGUAACUAAAAUAUCCCUUCCAUACUGCACCACUUCUCACCCACAAGAAGACUCAGAUGUUAUCAGCCUUUCAGAAAAGCCAGCUACUAUGAAGACACCAUUAUGGCCAACUAAGAACCAACCUACUUCAUGACUGGCACUUGGUAAACUUUUCUUGAUCUCAGUAAAAUUCAGUAAGUUUGUUUUCAUUACCAUUUUCAUGUCAGAUGUAUCUUGUCCAUAUUGAAGCGAGUCAACUAUUUUUAAUCAUGUCCCUGUUUUAUUGAAAAAAAUUUGUGUACAGUAUGUAACUAAAUGCAUAAUAAAGUUUUCAAAAUUAUUUAAUUAAAAUUCUUUAAAAGAGUAAAAAAAAUUAUUACACCAAUGGCAAAAGGAUUUUAGAAGGGACAUGACAAAACUAAAGAAACAGACACAUCCUAAGUGCUCCAGAUCAAUAACUCAAGCACAGUUGCUGGCAAUGAUUAAAAGCUUUCAUGACAAUAAAUAGUCAUAAGUGAUAAGGGAAAUGUAUCUUAAAUAGAACUGAUUAACAUCAAAGCAGUGAGGAAACUCAU